AUGGAUGUAAGAUUUUAUCCGUCUGCUAGUGGGAAUCCUAUUCCAGGAGAACCAUCGAACCUGGAUUUUCCCCACUGCCUGGGUUACUACAACUACAAUAAGUUCGGGAACAAUAAUAAUUACAUGAACAUGGCUGAGGCCAGUGGGGCCCUUCUUGCAGCUGGUGAUCAAACAUUCCACACACCCAGCCUGGGGGAUGAAGAAUUUGAGAUUCCACCUAUUACACCCCCACCGGAGACUGAGUCAAGUCUAGGGAUGUCGGAGAUGGACUCACCCUUUCCAGCUCUCUCAGACCCCCUGCCCUUACAGAGGGGCCAGUUCACCCCUCAAUUCCCCCCUCAGAGCCUGGAGCUUCCCUCCAUUACCAUCUCUCGCAACCUCAUGGACCAAGAGGGAUCAAUACUGGGCAAUGGCCUGCCAGUGAGCACUGGCCAAGCCCAUCUUCGACAGUAUCACCCCAACCCCUCAAUGGUCAUGAGAUCUAUCAUCAAUAUGAACAACCCUUCUGCCAUGAUGUCACGAAACCAGCUGACUACAAUCAACCAAUCGCAGCUCAAUGCGCAACUAGGGUUAAACCUAAGUGGACCAAAUAUUCCCCAUACCUCACCAUCUCCUCCUGCUAGCAAGUCUGCCACUCCCUCCCCCUCCAGCUCCAUCAAUGAAGAAGACCAGGAUGAUGGCAAUAGGGUGAUUGGAGAGAAGCGCCCUGCCCCAGAUACAGCUAAGAAGCCCAAGACACCCAAGAAGAAGAAAAAGAAAGACCCCAAUGAGCCACAGAAGCCUGUCUCUGCCUAUGCCUUGUUCUUCAGGGACACCCAGGCUGCCAUCAAGGGCCAGAACCCCAAUGCCACCUUUGGGGAGGUGUCUAAAAUUGUGGCCUCCAUGUGGGAUGGCCUUGGAGAAGAACAGAAGCAGGUCUAUAAAAGCAAAACAGAAGCUGCCAAAAAAGACUACUUAAAAGCCCUUGCUGCAUACCGUGCCAGUCUGGUAUCAAAGGCAGCUGCGGAAUCAGCAGAAGCACAGACCAUACGCUCCGUCCAGCAGACACUGGCCUCCACCAACCUAUCCCCCUCGCUGAUCCUCAGCUCACCACUGGCCCAGCACCCAUCCAUGUCUGCCGCCACACAGGCCUUGCAGCAGGGCAUUCCACGGGCCAUCGCCCCCAAGCCACUGCAAAUGAGGCUACCAAGUGGCCAGAUUGUGACCUCUGUGACGGUAGCGAAUCAGAGCAUGCCCUCCAAUGUGCCCUCGCAGCUCAUGGGCCAGAUGGGCAGCAGCGGGGUGAUGGCGCCAGGGGCUUCAAGUGCUGCUGUGGCACAGAUGAGUCCGCCCAUGCAGCAGGCAGUGCAGCAACAGCACCAGAUGCAGCAGCUGCAGAAACACCUGCAGCACCAACAGAUGCAGCAGCAGCAGCUGCACCACCAGCAGAUCCAGCAGCAGAUGCAGCAUCAGCAUUUCCAGCAGCACCUCCAGCAGCAACUGCAGCAGCACCACCUGCAGCAGCAGCAACAACAGCAGCAGCAGCAAAUGCAGCAGCAACAAAUGCAGCUACAACACAUGCAAAUGCAACAAUUGCACCAGCAACAAAUUCAACAACUCCAACAGCAGCAGCAUUCAUCGCAAUGUUCUCCACCCCAGAAUUCCCCUGCAACACCCCAGUCAGUGGGGGGUUCAGUUUCCCUGGGCAGCCCCCAACCCACGUCUAAGCAGCAGCAGCAGUCCCAAAUACAGGCCCAUGCCCAUGCCCAAGUCCUGUCGCAGGUCAGCAUCUACUGA